AUGAGAAAACCCAAUAAACCCACCCCUACUGCAUUCCUACCAAUCUCAAUCCUCAGAUCCACCCUCUUCCUCCUCCUCCUCUCCAUGGCAUCCCUCUUCUUGCUCUUCAUCCUCUUCUUCAUUCAACUCCACCCUCAAUCCUCUGCCGUGGAGAUCCACCAAGUCUGCAAUGCCACGAGCUUCCCUUCCAAAUGCCGCCACUCCCUCAGCCCCCACCUCCCUCCCAACCCCACCCCUCUCAAAAUCAUCCAAUCCGCCAUCAAAGCUUCCUCCUCCAAUCUCAUAACCGCUCGAUCCAUGGUGCAGUCCAUCGUCGGCGCCUCCAAAGGCAACCAAACCCGCACCACCAUCGCCAAAAGUUGCCUCCAGGUCCUCCACUACUCCCGCCACCGCACCUCCCUUACCGCCGACGCGCUCCAGCGCGGCGCCAUCAAGGAUGCGCGCGCCUGGAUGAGCGCUGCCCUCGGCUACCAGUACGGUUGCUGGAACGGCCUUAAGUACAUCGACCACACGCCACAGGUCGCCGAAACGAUGACAUUCCUUGACUCUCUUGUGACGCUCUUCAGCAACGCUCUCAGCAUGAUGGUCUCCUACGACCUCUUCGGAAACGACACCGCGUUGUGGAGGCCGCCAAUGACGGAGCGCGACGGUUUCUGGGAGCCGUCCGGGACGAGGAGACUCGGGGCGGGACCCAAGAUUCCGUCGAAAUUGAAGGCGGACGUUACGGUGUGUAAGGGUGGCGGGUGUUAUGGGACGGUGCAGGAAGCGGUUAACGCGGCGCCGGAUAACGCGAAAGGGAGAUUUGUGAUAUAUAUAAAGGAAGGGGUUUAUGAGGAGAGGGUGAGGGUUCCGUUGAGGAAGAAGAAUGUGGUGUUCUUGGGGGAUGGCAUUGGUAAGACUGUGAUCACGGGAUCUGCUAACGUGGCCCAGCCGGGUGUGACCACCUACAACUCUGCCACUGUAGGAGUUGCCGGGGAUGGAUUUAUAGCAAAGGAUCUCACGAUUCAGAACACGGCUGGUGCUAAAGCUCACCAAGCAGUGGCCUUCAGAUCAGACAGUGAUCUUUCUGUCAUUGAGAACUGUGAAUUCAUAGGUAACCAAGACACUCUUUAUGCACAUUCCCUGCGCCAAUUUUAUAAAUCUUGCCGCAUAGUAGGCAACGUGGACUUCAUCUUUGGGAACUCGGCGGCGAUCUUCCAGGACUGUGAAAUCCUAGUCCAACCCCGGCAAGGCAGACCAGAGAAGGGUGAGAGCAAUGCCAUUACUGCACAAGGCAGGACUGACCCUGCUCAGUCAACAGGAUUUGUUUUCCAGAACUGUAUAGUUAAUGGUACGGAGGAAUACAUGGCAUUUUAUUAUAGCAAGCCUAAAGUUCACAGAAACUAUCUGGGGAGGCCAUGGAAGGAGUAUUCUAGAACAGUUUUCAUCCAUUCAUACUUGGAAGCCUUUAUCACACCAGAGGGCUGGAUGCCAUGGUCUGGGGAUUUUGCUUUGAAAACGCUUUACUAUGGGGAAUAUGAGAACUCAGGACCUGGUUCUAAUCUGAGUGGGAGGGUAUCCUGGAGUAACGAGGUCCCAGCCGAGCACGUCUUCUCGUAUUCAGUGCAGAGUUUCAUUCAAGGAGAUGAUUGGAAUCAUCAUUUCACUCAUUAG